UUGAUUGACAGAUUUUCAGGAUUUUCAAAUCAUAUAUCAGAGAUUCAGAAAAUGGCAACUCCAAUUUCUUCUCCAACGAAGAUUUUGUCAUUCAUUGACAAAGACUAUGUCUAUGUUCUAGCGGUUUUGUGAUACAACCUUGACUUUCCACGACUCUUCCCUCAUUAUUCCUAGUCUUUAUGUGCAUAUAUUUCUCUAUAAAUAAGAGGCUACCCAAAACUCAAUACUUUACUUCCCAAUCUUCUUUUCUCUUUUGCUCUCAAAUAGAAUAAGAGUUUCAAGGCAUGGAAGACCUGGGUUCCAUAUUCAUUUAUGAGGAGAGUGAACAGGAGUUGAGGCAGAAGCUUGUGGACACCACACUUGAGCUUGAAACUAUGAAGAAUGUUAAGGUGGAACUCUUCAAUCUGCUGAUGAUGGCUUACCAAGAGAGGGAUGAAGCAAGGUUUCAGGUUCAAAAGCUAAUGAACAAGCUCAUCAUGCCCUCUUCUACCCCAAUCCCUUUGCAAAAUGUGCCUGGUGGAGUCCUGCAUCAAGAGAACCUUCUCACAAUGUUUCCUUCUGCUAAAGCAAAUCCAAGCAUCACUGAAUCCAAUAGCCUCUCACAUGGUUCCCCACCAGUGGAUUCAUUCUUUGACAAUGUUUCUUCUCCUCAAGAGUUCUCAAACAUCAAUGCAGUUGACAACAACAGCAACAUGAGUUAUCUCAAACAACAACAUAUGGUUCAAGACUUCAAUUUGGUCUCAUCAGAGAAUCCUGCUUCUGAUCCAGCAAGUGCUGUUAUAGAAUGUCUUGCUAAAGAAAAAGUCUUGCCUCAGAAGGGGAAUCUCCUUCAAGCUGUGAUAGAUGCUGGUCCAUUACUUCAGACUCUCCUCCUUGCAGGGCCACUUCCUUCUUGGCAAAAUCCUCCUCCAUUGGGAGACAUCAAGGUUCCAUCUUUGAACAUCAAAGAGCAUACCACUAUCACCAUUGAGCCAAAUUCCUUUGUAGAAAAUAGUAAUUUGCUUUUGAAACCAAAGCUUCCAUCUUUACAGUCUUCAAAUGCUCUCUCCACUUGUUCUGCUUCCAUGCUCAACUUUUCUGGCCAUUCUCAUUCCCUUGGUUCAUGGAACAAUCCAUGGAAGUUCCAAGCCCCAUCAAGGAAGCGGCAAAGGCAUCAUUGAUUUUGAUGAAGUUUCCUUUCUUCCCUCUGUAAAUGGAGUCACAGCAAUUGGUGAAAAUGGCGUACCCUCCUUUUGAUUGAAGUGUCCUAGUUAUUGCACGUUUGAUUCAGCUUAUUUUUGUUCAGAAUCAAUUCUGUCGCCAGAAGCUACUCACAUAAGCUUCUCUCCAAAAUUGACUUUUGCUAUAAAAUCAAUUGUAGAAGGAUAUCCAAACAUAUAAGUCUAUUUUAGUAGUAGUUGAAAAUGUUGAGGUUCAUCUCUAAACUUUGAAAUUUUGGAAUAUUCAAAUGUUGAGAUUCUCUUGGGCGACCAAUAUUUUGAAUGAGAAUUUUAUGUACACCCUUUUGCAUGUCAGAGAAUUCUUAACCUUCUACUUUUGAAGUAUGUAAGACAAGGUUUGUCAGUGAAAACUAUGAAGAAUCCUUAAUAUCA